AUGCCGGCUCCUUGCCAUACCCCCGGAAGGGGCGAUAGCAAGCCCAAGCCCAAGCCGGGCGGGCGUGUUGACGGUGAGCGUUCCUCUGAACGCAGGGCAAGAGGAACUCCAUCCAACACACCCUAUACCCCUGCCUCCGUUUCCCUCGGUCGCAUCCAUCGAAAGCGACCUGGCGAUGGCCCAGUCGAUGGCAGCACCUCCAGCAAGCGUCGUGGACUCUCCGCUACCACUCCAAACCCUUCACCUCUGGCAAGCGACCGUGUCGGUCUCACUGGACCUCCACAAACGCCUGUCAUCGACCUCACAGUGGACUACGUUCCCCAAGCCAACUCGUUUGACUCCAAGAGGCGUGUCGAGAGCACCUCCGGCACCUUUCUCGGCUCUCCCACGCGCCAAGCUCGAAGUGCUCUUCGCUACACCAGUCCCUUGUUUCCUUCCACGCCUACUGGCGCCAAGCGGAAGAUUGAUUUCGUCGAUCUGACCAUUGGCGAUGACUCCGAUGAUGAUUCGAAAGCAUCAUCAAGUAAAAAGCCUCGAAAGACCGUACAGUCUCGACCCAGCGAGGACAUCUUUCACUCGCCGAAUGUUGAGAAGCCAAUGGCUCUAGGACGGCUCUUUGAUCACUCACGCCAACGACCUGAGUCUAAGCAUGGACAGGCUGGUCCAGCCAACUUGGUCGAGAAGAAGGGUGCGACAUUGUUGACUCCGUCGCAGGCUCGAGUGUAUCCGAGUUCCGUAUCGGCGGUUCGACCUGGUCAGAUCACAAACGGAUCUCCGAGAGCUUCCAAGGGUAUGACAGCUCCCAUGAAGUCUGCAUUUGCGCAGGAAGGCAAGAAAUUCCCCUUUACCACCGAAUCGAAGUCCAUCGAGACUGAAGCCGACCCACAUCAUCUGCGACGGGUCUCUGAUUCUGUCCCUCGAGCCGGCCUGCAAGACCUUUGUCUCGCCGUCGGGCUUUCGAGUACCGCUGACAAGAAGGGAAACGAGAAGAGAUCAGUGAACAGGAAGACUGAUGCAGACGGUCCUACCGGAAUUGACUCCGCUCCCGACGAGACCGGGAACCUUUCCAAAACUGACUCCUCUGGGCCAGGCCUCGCAGCCGGUAGGCUUCCUUCUGUGUGGCAAAGACCACCUCUGCCGUUUGGUCGCAGUAAGCUACUGCAUAGUAGCGCAUCUUCCCUCCAAGGACGCGAGUUGGAUGCGUCGUACCCAAUCCGCACUAGAAACGGAGGCAACGGUAGCCACCAGGUGGUCGAGACAGAGUCCGCCGGAGAAGGCGACAGAAGUACUGAACUUGGCGACAAUGAUCUUGGAGUCUCGGCAGGAGCAGGUCAGCUCCAGAAGCCCUCAAUUCUGACGAUUCAAGGCCAGGCGGAGGAGCAGAGCGAGCAAGUUGCUGACGGUCGUGCUGGUGGUAGCAACGAGCACGAUGAACGCGGCUCGACCGGCCCCAUGUUGGCGAUCGGCCGCAGGAACGACACUCAAGACAAGCUACGGCCGCCUACUCCGCUCUCGUCGAGGCGAAGGCGUUCGAGGAUCGUAGCCCUGAGAGCACCACCGGAUCAGUUGCGCCGCAUCUCCCAGCGGCCCGUCCAGCGGCCCGAGAUCCCAAUGGACAUUUGCUUCUUGAUCUGGAUACCCCUCGAGAUCCAAGAAAAGAUAUUUGCGUACCUGCUGCUCGCUGACGAUCCGAUCCAGGUCCUCCACGGCUGGGCCAAGCUGUACCAGCGGCAGCGUUCCAACCUGUCCCCUGCCAUUCUGUCGACUUGCCAGGCAAUCUACAGGAACGCCUCUGUGUUCUUGUAUGGUCGAAACGUGUUUCGAUACAUGGUGCGGGACCGGGCCGAGUCGGAUGCCUUCCCAUCAUUCGGACAGGACAUCAAUGUUGAGAAAUACAUGCCCCUCUUCCGCAAGCUCGAGUUGAAGAUCGAGCGGUCUCGCACGGAGCGUGCGUACUGCACCUCGUUAGCCAAUGCGAUUCACCUGUUGAACAGAAACGGCGCUAACCUCCACACCCUGACGCUGGACGUGUCGCCUACGGUGGAGGGUGACACCCUGUCGACGGUGGGCUACUUCUACCCGGGUGGCGAGAUCAUCCAGGCUUUGAAGGCCCUCAAGACCUGUUUCAUAGUGGUGCGGGUGUACACGCCCAAGACCAAGAAAGAGCCUGCAACCAGCCUCCGCCGCAAGCUCGACAUGCGCAUCGAUCUGUGCCGAUUCGAACAGGCCCCAGACCAGCCGCCCGAGACGCAGCUCGACGACCUGAGCGAGAAGAUUACCGCCGCGUGUGAGAGCCCCUCGAAGGUGGUCGAGAGGGGUUGGUUCGAGGAGUUCGAGGUGGUGCCUCAGCCAUACGAGCGCCGGGCCCGCCCGUUGAGGAUCGCGUACAACGAUGAGGACGACGACGACGACGUUGGUGGUAGCGACGAAGACGAUGAUGGCGACGACAGUGGCGACUUUCGGGGUUGA